AGAGCGUCCCAGACUGCUAGGUGUCCGCCGUUUCGCGGGCGAGCAUCCUUGUCCCAGGACGCUAUCCUUCGCUCAACCGGCGCGUGCGCGGCACAAAGGCGCGCCCGCAUCCAUGCCCUAGCCAGGGUCUUAAGAAGUGCUCGCAGCCCGAGACGCGUAAUGCGAAGCUGAACUUGUGGCGGUCGGCGUCGUGCCGAGUUGAGCCAGGCGCGGGAGGACAGGGGCGCUGUAGUUUUGCUCGCAGCGCGCAGGGCGGGGCGCUCCUGGCAGGGGCUCAGCGGCCCGCGAGGAGCUGCAAAGGAGCAGGCGCGCUGUGGGCCUGAGAGGGGGCAUGGUUAAAGCACUGCCAUCAACCGUGAGCCCAGAGAGCCCGUCCUAAGCCAAUUUACUAACUCCGCAAGCUCCCUCACGCCCCUAAACCACGUCCCCGGAAACGGUUACGCGACAGAGACAUACUCAGACUCACGCGCUGCAGCCAAAGGACCAGGCGGAGGAAGGGUAUAACAGGGCACGGAGCACCGGGACUACUGCCCCGGUGGAGGACCUUGCACUAGACCUUGGGACGUGGGCACCGAGGCUCCCUGAGGCCAGAGUUCCGUACCAGCUAUGAAGUCUUACACUCCGUAUUUCAUGCUUCUGUGGAGUGCUGUUGGGAUAGCAAAGGCUGCCAAAAUCAUCAUCGUGCCGCCAAUUAUGUUUGAAAGCCAUAUAUACAUUUUCAAGACGUUAGCCUCUGCCUUGCAUGAGAGGGGCCACCACACAGUGUUCCUCCUUUCUGAAGGCAGAGACAUCGCUCCGUCUAAUCAUUACAGCCUCCAGCGCUACCCAGGGAUCUUUAACAGUACCACCUCGGAUGCUUUCCUGCAGUCCAAAAUGCGGAAUAUUUUCUCUGGGCGAUUGACGGCAGUCGAACUGUUUGACAUACUGGAUCACUAUACUAAGAACUGUGACAUGAUGGUUGGCAACCAUGCCCUGGUUCAGCGGCUAAAAAAGGAAAAGUUUGACCUGCUGUUGGUGGACCCUAAUGACAUGUGUGGAUUUGUGAUAGCUCAUCUUUUAGGCGUUAAAUAUGCUGUGUUUUCGACUGGCCUUUGGUAUCCUGCUGAAGUGGGUGCUCCUGCUCCAUUAGCUUAUGUUCCAGAGUUUAACUCACUUCUCACAGACCACAUGAAUUUGCUGCAAAGGAUGAAAAACACUGGCAUUUACCUCAUUUCCAGAUUAGGGGUCAGCCUUCUGGUUGUUCCCAAGUAUGAGAGGAUAAUGCAGAAGUACAGCCUGCUACCAGAGAAGUCCAUGUAUGAUUUGGUUCAUGGGUCCAGCCUGUGGAUGCUGUGUACUGACGUAGCACUGGAGUUUCCAAGACCCACUCUGCCUAAUGUGGUUUAUGUAGGAGGAAUCCUAACCAAACCAGCCAGCCCACUACCAGAAGAUCUCCAAAGGUGGGUAAAUGGUGCUGAUGAACAUGGCUUUGUACUAGUGUCUUUUGGAGCCUGUGUCAAGUAUUUGUCAGAAGACAUUGCUAGCAAACUGGCAGGAGCUCUGGCAAAAUUGCCUCAAAAAGUGAUCUGGAGGUUUUCUGGAACCAAACCAAAGAAUCUAGGAAACAACCACUAAGCUCAUAGAAUGGUUACACAAAACGAUCUGCUUGGCCAUUCAUAUAUUAAAGCCUUCCUGAGCCAUGGUGGUUUGAACAGUAUUUUUGAAACUAUGUAUCAUGGCAUACCUGUGGUAGGAAUCCCACUUUUUGGAGACCAUUAUGAUACUAUGACCCGGGUACAGGCAAAAGGCAUGGGGAUAUUGCUAGAGUGGAAGACAGUAACUGAAGGAGAGGUCUAUGAAGCACUGGUCGAAGUUAUCAAUAAUCCCAGCUACCGUCAGAGGGCCCAGAAGCUUUCAGAAAUCCACAAGGAUCAACCUGGUCACCCAGUCAAUCGGACUGUCUAUUGGAUAGAUUACAUUCUUCGUCACAAUGGAGCCCAUCAUCUACGUGCUGCUGUCCAUCAAAUCUCUCUCUGUCAGUAUUUUUUACUGGAUAUUGCCUUUGUGCUUUUGCUUGGUGCUGCCUUGUUUUACUUCCUCCUGUCCUGGGUGACAAAAUUUAUCUACAGAAAAAUCAAAAGUCUGUGGUCUAGAAAUAAGCAUAGCACAGUUAAUGGACAUUAUCACAGUGGAAUCCUCAAUGGCGAGUACAAAAGAAAUGGCCACAUUAAACAUGAAAAGAAGGUGAAAUGAGCCAGCAGCCCAAGUGAUAUUAACAAAUCUGCUCAGUCAUUGAAUUUUUAUCACUGUAAUUUAGUCUAACAACUACUGAAAGUAAAAGCAUCAGAAAGCAAUUCUAACACUCCCUAUCAGAUCUUACUAAUGAAAUUUUGUGGAAUUAAGAUGGCUGUAAAAAGCACAAACCUAAAAUGCAAAAACGUGUUUUAUCCAAAUACUGAUGCAGAGUUUUGGCACUGAACCUUUUAGAAACCUUAAUUAUUUAAAUCAACUAAAUGACUGUGUCAGACCUUAGUUUUAAAUUUUCAUGUGUGUGUGUCCCAGAUAAGGAACGGUUUCUUUUUUCUUAAAACGAUAGUAUGCGUGUAUAUGUGUGUGUGUCCUAAUUAAGAGAAUUUUAGCAGGCUGCUUGUUAUAUUUGUUGAAGAUACAACACAUUCAAAAAUGAAAUAGUUAACAGUCAGGAUCCAAAAUGUUUCUCUUCUAGCAUUUAAUAUGUGUGAACUCAGACCAUUACCCUGAAAGAACAUUUUUCUCUCAAAACUGAAUGCCGAGAAAGAAAAUGAAAAGAUAAAUGGCACAGUUUUUUUGUACUUUUCUGUUGGCUUAGUUUUUUUGUUUUGUUUUCCUUUGUUUUGUUUUUGUUUCCCUUUUCCUACAGACUACGGACACUUCUAGGGUAGUGGGGAACAUGUAAUUAAGUAAAUGUGCAAAUUGGUUUUCACAUCUUAUUUUUGUUUUCCCUCUAACAAUUUUCCUCUGGAAAAAAAUUAUAGCAUUUUUUUAUUUUAAUGAGUAACAUUAUGUUAAAUUUGUAAUUAAGACAUAAGAACAAAGCUCUGGCUUUGGUUCAAAGUACUGAAGAUUAUUGCAUUGUUACGUGGGGACACUGAGUGUUUAUGUAAUUGUUUGAUGGAUUUUCUAUAACGUGAUCUUUGAAUGUUCAGAUGUUAAUUCUUCCAAAGUUACAUCUUGAAAAAAAUUAUCUUCAUCCUUUUUACUGUCUGGGUCACACAAUCUGCAUUAAAUAGUUGCCAACAUUUAAUUCUUUUAAAUGGAACAUUUGCAGUUCUCCAUACUGGGACUUGCUUUAGAGCGUCUGGAGAGAUGUGAGAUCUUAUUAACCAUCCAAACUUUACAUGAUAUACAGAAGUGACAGAGAAAAUGUACCAAUUGUUCAUGAAAAUGAGUUCCUAUUUUUUUUCUUACUUCUUCAACCCCCGCUUCAGCACCUUUUUUCAGUCAUUGUGGCUGACAUGAAACAAUGACAGUAUUCAUUUGAGAGUAAGGAUGCAAGUUACAGAUAUAGAAUCAGGACCUCCCUGCUGAACCAUUCUCUGGUUGGCAACUAUGAGUUUACUUAGCAUUUGCACUACACAUGUUCAGUGUAUGCUUUAUUUUUUGUAGUUUAAAAUCCCACAUCUGAAAGCCGAGAAUUGAAAAAUAUACCAUUUACCUAUUGCCAUUCACUAACAUGGAAAGAGUUGUGAAAAUUCUAGAAUGCUGUAAGUCCUUGUCAUACACAAUGACAUACAACUGCAUUAUUCUCCCACCAGGAGCCACUCUCCUCUAUUUAGAAAUAAUGUCAAAAAUAGUUUUCUAAUAUACAGUGCAGACAAAUGUACUGCUCUCUAAAUACUUGAAGAAAUGAUAUUAUGCAUAUAAGCCUAUUAGUUAUACUUUUUCACAAUCUUAUCACAAUGUUGCAGUUAAAAGGGAAAAAGACAAAGGCAGUGAAUGGUGGGAUGGUAACAGGACUUAAGAGUGUAUGAAUGAGUUGAUUUUACUUUUUGGAAUUGGAUGAAAUUGACAGUAAACACUGACUGGAUGAUUAAGCGUAAGUUAAUCUCCACUGUGAUAUAAAACUUAAACAAUAAACAUGAUUUAAAAUAGA